AUGUCACAAAUAAACCCUCCAUUUAAAGUAAGGGCAAGGUACGGUUGGUCAGGCCAAACAAAAGGUGAUCUAGGUUUCUUAGAAGGUGAUGUUAUGGAGGUUAAAAAAAUUACUGGUGACUGGUUCUACGGUACUCUAUUAAGAAAUAAAAAAUGUUCCGGAUAUUUCCCAAAGAAUUUUGUAAAUUUAAUUCCAUCACAAUCACAAUCCCAGUCACGCUCUCAAUCCCAGUCCCAGUCCCAGUCCCAGUCCCAACCACAGACUCCUACUUCUGCUAGCAACAGACCACAACUUCCCGUAGAUUCAAUCAAAUUACCCCCAAUCCCUUCCCGCUCAGAAAAUAACAAUAAAAAUAUUCAAAACCAGGAUCAAAAAAAUUAUCCAUACCAUUCAACCCCAAACUUACAAAAUUACAUGAGACAGAAAUAUAACGGUAACAACAACAACAACUCUUUACCACCUUUGCCUCCAAUUCCUAAAGUAUCUACCAAAUCUUCAACUACUAAUCACAAUCCUCAUGCCGUUCUAAUCAAAUCACAUUCACUAAAUGAUAUAGGUGUACCUCAUUCAAGAGACUAUAGUUAUUAUAAAGAGAACCAGAACUUUUACGACGGUUUCUAUCCAAGCACCAAUAAUGUCUCAAAACAAACUUCAAAUUCAAAUUCAAAGAUGAAAACAAAUUCCACUCUGUCCUACGAUUACAACCCAUCGUUAUCAUCUUCAGAUCUUUUCUCAAACUCAAAAUAUUUGGAUUCCUCUUUAACAAGUAGUGAGGAUAGCUUUGCUCUGAUGUCUGAUUUCAGUGCAACAAGUGCCGGAAGUUUUGCAAGACACAGAUAUGCACAAUCUUUUAACAAUUCUUCAGAAAGAUCAAAAACUGACCCAAGAGGAAAUGACUCGCAGAAUAUUGGAGGCCCAUCUCCUUAUAAUUCAGCCAUUUCGAAUGGUAACGACUCAUAUAGUGGCAAAGUUGGCGGCUUAUUAAGUAAAUUUAUCUUACGAAGCGCCAACUCCAAUGCUUCUGGUGGAAGCAAUAACAAUAGUUCCACAAAUCUGGAUUCUCAACUUUAUGAAUUACCUAAAUUACCAGAUAUCGGCAACCUAAAUAUUUCAAGAUCGCAUGAUGAUGCCAGAGAUUGGCUAACCGUGAAAACUCAUCUGAAUAGAUCAAGAACGUUGACCAAAUAUGAAAAGCAUCCAAGAUACAUGAGGGCCUUAGAAGAAAAUAGGGAAUUAGUACUACAUCCUCAAGAUUCAAUAUACAAUGGAUUAAAUACCAACGAAGUGAAGGGAAAUGGAAGAGCAGGAUUAACAAAUAUUCAACUUUCCGAAUUGAAUUUUGAAUAUAUCGAUAAGAUUACAAGGAAAAGAUGUAUUAAAAAUAAAUCAAUUCAUUUCGAAACUUGGGUUCAAACUACAUUUUCUGCAAGAUAUUCUUCUCCAAUUGAAAAGUUGAGAGGUAUUUAUAUCUUUUGUACUGAAUUAUUCAAUCUAGUUGACGACAAUGGUCAAACCGAUUUCACUAAGGAACCCAGCAAUUUAAAUAAACUAAUAUUUGAAAACCAUUGUACUCCAUAUGAACUAACAUGGAUUUUUAAGAAAAUUUCCAAUUUAUUAGGAAUCCAAUGUGAAGUUGUAAUUGGGUUUUUGAAGACACCAUCAGCAAACAAUUCAGAAUUUAAAUAUAAUCAUUGUUGGCUAAGAGUUUUAAUAAAUCAAGAAUGGAGAUUUAUUGAUGUCAUCUUGGGUAACAUCACAAAUCCAAUCCAUGAAUUUGUAAAUAAGCAAAACAUUAUUCAUGCAGAUAAUAAUUAUUUCUUGGUCGAACCACUAAGAUUUAUUUAUACACAUAUCCCACCUAGAGAUUACGAACAACAUAUAGUACCAAGUAUCGAUCAAUUAUCAGCAUUAUAUUUACCAUUAGUAUUCCCAUCAUUUUUCAAUAACGAUAUCAAACUGUACAAAUUUAGUACAGCAUUAUCGUACUUACAAGAUAUGGAAAUAUACGAAUGUUCUCUUGAAGUUCCAUUAGACAUCGAAUUAUUUGCUUCAGUAGUUGUACCAAACACUGGUGAUACUGAAAAAUCCAAAAUAUACAACAACAUGGACCUUGCAUUGGUUCAAUUAAAGAAAUUGAAAACCGAGAAUGGUACUAAAAUUGUUAUUAUUAAAGCAGUAUUACCUCCUGAGGUAUCCAGUGGUGAUCUAUAUAUCCAUUCAGGUGUUAGAGGAUUACAAACAUCGAUAGUUAACGUGCAUCCAUUAUCUGCUAUAAUCCCAUUGACACACAAGGGACAAACAAUGAACUUUGAAUUUGUAGUACGUCAACCAUCAGAAAACUCCAAGAAAGUAGAGGAAUACAUUGUUGAACCACAGAACAAAUAUCUAUUCCAAAACAACGAGUACACGUUUGAAAUAGUUCAACAUCCUUACGAUGGUGUAAUCUAUAACAAUGCAUCGUUGAGCAAGAACGUAAUCAAACCAAUCGUUAUUAAGUCACCUAGUGGUAAGAAGUACGAAUUAGAGAAAAUGGAUUAUAAUCUACCGUAUGGUACAUGGAAGAAGAAAGUACCAAUUAAAGAACCUGGUGUUUGGAAAGGUAUGGUCAUUGGUGAUUCUAACGUUGGAUGGUGUACAUUUGCAGAAUGGACAUGUGUUUGA